UUCAGUCUCAGCCCAAAGCUUCUAACAGGCACAUCCCAUUCUUGAAGAGAGGGGGACCGAGAGACACUCGCCGUGUCCAUGUUUUUUCCUGUCAUCCCCGCUCGAAUCUGACUGUACCCCUCAGACUUUACCAGAAACGCUUCUCCAUAUCGAGGAAUUUACACUGCAGUUUCAUCAGAGGACACUGGAGGAGACGCAACCACUAAUGCUUGCGUUCCCUUAAAUAUGUAGCUAACAAAUAUUAACUGAACGACUGAUUACGCUAACGUUCCUGCGUAAAAUAUUUUUUUCUGAGAGACCAGUGCAGGACAUGAUCUGCACCUGACCAGCCUCGUGUCUUCACUGAAUGGACUGAUCAGCACGAGAUAAAGUUCGUCGCGCGCUGAAGAACUUCUGUACACUGGCAUCGGAAGCACUGCGCUUUGAACGGAUAGCGAUCUUUAUUAAUUCCAAUUAAAGCUACAUUAUCAAGGCGAGACGGCGACCUCAGUCGAUUAUCUUUCCUUCCUUUGCUAUCCCAUGGAUAUUCACUGCAAAGCAGACCCCUUCUCGGCGAUGCACCGGCACGGCGGUGUGAACCAGCUAGGAGGGGUGUUUGUGAAUGGCAGACCCCUACCUGACGUGGUCAGGCAAAGAAUUGUGGAGCUCGCGCACCAAGGAGUCAGACCUUGUGACAUCUCAAGACAACUACGGGUCAGCCAUGGCUGUGUCAGCAAAAUUCUCGGAAGAUACUAUGAAACCGGCAGUAUUAAACCUGGAGUUAUUGGGGGGUCCAAACCAAAAGUGGCGACGCCCAAAGUUGUGGAUAAAAUCGCAGAAUACAAGCGGCAGAAUCCCACAAUGUUCGCCUGGGAGAUCAGAGACCGACUCCUGGCCGAGGGCGUUUGUGACAACGACACAGUACCAAGUGUUUCAUCUAUAAACAGGAUAAUUCGAACCAAAGUUCAGCAGCCUUUCCAUCCAUCCUCCGAUGGCACAGGAACGCCUCUCACCACAGCGGGACACACUAUAGGUGAUCUUGAGAGCACUCCAUAUACGUUAACCUAUUCCUGUGCUCUUUCAGUGCCCAGCACAGCCUCCCCACCUGUGUCAAGCGCUUCCAAUGACCCCGUGGGGUCCUACUCUAUUAAUGGCAUCCUAGGAAUCCCUCGCUCCAAUGGCGAAAAGAGAAAACGCGAUGAUGUUCUCUGGAGUGGCAACCACUUGGAUGGGAGGAAAAUAGGAUAUUAUGGUUCAGAUGGCUCUGGCCCAAACAGUGAUUCUCAGGGUAGUGUGGAGAGUUUACGGAAGCACCUGAGGGCUGAUGCCUUCACUCAACAGCAGCUGGAGGCUCUGGAUCGGGUGUUUGAGCGGCCGUCAUACCCCGACGUCUUCCCUACGUCAGAACACAUCAAGCCAGAGCAGGCUAAUGAAUACUCGCUACCAGCACUGAACCCUGGACUGGACGAAGUCAAGCCCAGUCUGUCAACCAGCGUCAGCUCAGAUUUGGGCUCCAGCGUGUCACAGAGCUACCCGGUAGUGACAGGUCGAGACAUGGCGAGCACAACCCUACCAGGAUACCCACCUCACGUUCCCCCCACUGGGCAGGGCAGCUACCCCACCUCUACACUUGCUGGAAUGGUCCCUGGAAGCGACUUUUCAGGAAAUCCCUACUCUCACCCGCAGUACACAACUUACAAUGAAGCUUGGCGGUUCAGCAACCCCGCGUUAUUAAUGCCGCAUCCCGGGGCUCCGCCCCUCCCACUGCUGCCACUGCCUAUGACCGCCACUAGUUACCAUGGCAACCCAAUUAAACUGCAGGACCAUGGCCACGGCCUCCAUAUCGUACCAGUCUGAAUGGCGUUAAGGUCAGAGGGAUUGAAGAUGGCUACGCGAUCUUCAGUUUCACGGGGCCGAGAUCGGAUUAGGAGGGUCAAGCAACAGCGGGUUUCCCCCCCAGACAUCGACUAUACCCCCCUCACGCAACAUCAACACUAAGGCUCUCAUUCUCUAAAUCACUGAACAAUGACUGAACUAUUUCCUGAAAGACUUUGAAAGAUUCUACAAAAAUAUAUAUAUUAUACAAGAUAUAAAACAAGACGAACCGUGUGAAGAAAUACCAAGUAACAAUUGAUGUGUUGUUGUUUUUUUGUUUUCGUUCUCUCUUUAAAUCAAUCAAUACAUUCCUUUACAUACUGUAUUUAGUAUCACUAACAGAUCACACACACACACACACACACACACACACACACAAGGUUGCCUGAGGCCUUUAACGUAAUUUGCCCUCGUCCUACACCAUUUCACUAGUGUCUUACCUCUCACG